AUGGCAUCCCAGGACAACCUUCCCUCUGUUACCUCCCCAUCUCUCAUCCUCACUAACCCCACUGCCUCGGAACGAGAGCGCAUAUGGAAGGGCACUCAUCCUCAAUGGGGAGCAGCCCUUAAACUGGAGGAUUACAUCGCCCGAGAAUAUGAUAAUAUGAAAACAUCCCUUGCUCAAGAUGGCGGAUUGACAAGCUGGAUGUUAACAGAUGGAAGUCUGAAGCCCGACGAAAGACCCAUCCUCUCAUCAUGCGAGACUUACAAGAAGAGAGCUCUUGUCGCCGAUCGUGAGAAUAAGUCCGGAGCAAGAGAUGGUACUGCACAUGGUGUAGCCAGUGUCUUCACUUUCCCCGAGUAUCGAAAGAGGGGAUAUGCCAGGAAGAUGAUGUCCCUCCUCGCAGAAGAGCUUCGAAGCAGACAACAGAAGAACGAAGGAGAUGCCGAUUUCUCAGUCCUAUGGUCAGAUGUCGGCCCCGACUUCUACGGAAAUAUUGGAUGGAAGGCUUUCAGAAGCACCUAUCUCGAAUUUCCUGUCAAGGACGCCGUACCCCCAGCCGACCCAGCUGUCAAGCCCCUCACCAUGGACGACAUCCCCGAACUCGCAGCCAGAGAUGAGGAAAUUGUCAGAAACAAGGUUGCUUCAUCAACCGCCCCCGCCAGUGCCGCUGUUAUCCCUGACAUCAACACUAUUAAGUGGCACUUAAACCGCGUGGACUUCAUGUGCAACCGCAUCUUCUCUCGCACUCCUUCUAUCCGAGGUGCCUUGUACACCCCGCCUGGAGCUCCCAACUCGAGAAUCUGGGCUAUCUGGACUUGCAGUUUCUACGGUGGGCUUGACGAGCCUGAGAAGAACGUUGUCCGCAUCCUUCGACUGGCAAUUGAAGAUGAGAGCAUCUCAGAUGAGACACUGGCCAAGGGCAUUGAAGCUAUUGCCGGGUUUGUCCAGAAAGAGACCAAGGAGUGGCUGUGCUCUAAAGUAGAACUCUGGAACCCCGAGGAGCGUAUCAGAAGAGUUACCGAAGGCAUUGAGUCGUUGGGAGCCAAAUUCGUCGUCCGAGAAAACAACAACCUCGCCAGUAUGAACUGGUUCGGAAAGAACCCCAGCCAAGAGGUUGAAUGGAUUGUGAACGAGCGAUUUGCUUGGUGUUAG